AUGCAAGAGCAAUUCUAAAAAUCGACAGUUGUUGUAGCGUAGAAGUAAAACGAAUUUAGAGGAGUUAGCUCAAUUGUCAAUCAUAAGCCAAAUUAAAAAUCAGAAUUUUAAGACAGGUUUAAGGGAAAGACAUCUCUAAUGAAUAAAGAGGGUCACAUUGGAAUAGUUUAAAAUACCUAGAAACCUAUUGCAAAAGGAGGAGCGAUUCAGCCAAUUCUUAAAAGAAGCGAAACACUAGAUCAUUCUUACAGUUCAUCUACAAUUGGAACUAUCUAAUCAAACGAUAACAAUGGUGCCAACAUGUCUAAUGCUAAUUAUUUCAGGAAAUAAGAAGCGAAUAACAGAUACGAUCAUUCUGGAAACGUAACAAGAAGCAUGAUUCUAAAUACCUAUGAUAACGGAUAUGAAAAGGCCAGUAGUCCUUUGAUGAGAGUAGGGAGUACAAUUACUACUCAAAUUAGUUCACCUGGUUAAGCUGGGCUAUUUAAUGGAGUUAGCAAUGAUUAAAUGCAAAUGAAUAAUGGCAAUAUGGUUCAAGGAGACAUUAAUCAAUAUGGAUACAAUUAGCCAGUUUACAGUCCUAUGGCAUUAUAAAAUUACAAUAAUGUUGCUGCUGCAUCAUUUUAUUCGCACUAACCGUUUGGUUAGCAACCAGGAUUCAUGAAUAGUUUUGGAGGCAAUAUGGGAAUGAUAAGAAAUCCAAUGGAUCAAAUGGGCUAUGGAUCUUAUACAAUGAAUUUCAAUAGAAAUCAAAUGCAACCGACUUUCUACUCCGAACAGGCUUUUUAGCAAUAACCAUUGCUAUCUUUUAGAAAUAAUCAAUAACAACAAGCAAACUAUAUGCCUCAAAUAAAUAAUAAUGUUUCAAAGUACCAAGAAUUUGUAAAUUAAGUAAACAAAUAAAAGCUAGAUACUAUAAACCAAACUAAUGGACUCAUGAAUCUAUAAAAUAAUCGGUCCUCUCCAUAAAAUCGAAUAACAAGGACAUAAACCAUAGAAAAUUCUCCUUCAGAGUAACUUUAAUUGCACUAGAUGUCCUAAUAAUAGCCCGUUCGCAAUAAACCUAAUAAGGGUUCCGUUAGAGUUACAAGAAGUAUAGAAGUGUCUACUUUAAAAAGAAGCCCUUAGUAAGUACCGGCAUGA